AUGGCCAAAUAUCCUCACAUGGUUGUUAUUGAUUAUGGGAUGUCUGGUCAAAGUCAGAGCAACAGUGUCAAGAUCAAUCAACUCAAGUCUUCUGUGGAAUGGACUCAACACAACAAAACAUUGAUUCUACGAGGUUGUAUUAUGGGCAAUGGUAUGCACUUUGCAAGUGCUGCAUACUUCCCCUAUGGAUGGAUGGUUGAGGAUGGGCAGUUUACUGGCCCAACCAAAAUCAAAUGUUUCUCUUUAGAUGAUUGGAGAGAUGUCAUGUCUGACAUGACAAUCAGCCUUAUAUUCUAUGAACUGGUUGAUAACAUUGGGGUUGGAUGGAGAGCCGGCAAUCAACAUUUUGACAUUGACUCUGUAAUGAAGUAUGAUGGUCCAAAGCAUUGCAUUGAUAUGGUUUGCACUCCUGUUGCUGACGCCACCAGUAAUGCAGCUGCUGAAGAAGACCAACAGUCUGAUGAUGCCAGCGAGCAAGGCUCAGUCCCUUCUGUUGUAGAAUAUCCUUCAACUCCAAUGGUUUCAGCAGCUGAGAUCAAAGAAUCUUUGCUGAAAUUGACAUCAAAAACCAAGUCAACUAAGAAGAAAAGAGGAAAAAGGAACAACAAUAAGCAUGGUCAAAGAUCAAAGGAGAAAAAGCAAGGUGUUCCAACAACCAUGGAUACCCCAUCUGAAGCCGUGACAACCGAACAAAAGCAAAUUAAAGAUAGAAUUCCAACAGGGUGGUCCUUCAAGUUGCAACAACGGGCAGGAACCUAUCCAAGAUGUCAUGGCUGCAACAAGAGGAUCUUGCAUGAUGAGCCAAGAUUCCGUCACAAAUUCAAGCAAGAGCCAAGCCAUACUUGGAAAACAGUAUGGCAGUAUCACUGUGCAGUCAAGUGCCUUGUUAGCUUAUCUCCUGAGUACAAAGGGGAGCUCACUAGAAAGAGAUGGGCCAAUGAGCAAGCUAAGUAG